AUCGUGCGAACGCGUGCUGCGCUGGCGUUCUGAAGUCCUUUUUUCCGAUAAUUCUGAUAAACCGGAAUCCUAGUGGCGCCGACUUCGUGAUCAAGAUGGAUCCUGCACCACGUAUCAAACAGGAACCGGGCUUAAAGACGGAUUACCUCGGAAAUGCCGGAAGUUUACACACAAACUCCUCCUCGAUGGCUCCGGCGACGGUGGCGGGUGCAUCCUCCAACGCGAAACGUCUAGGAUCGUUUUCCUCACCGCGCGAUCUAACCCUCACAAAUGGAAGACCCACGAAACCACCGGAUAACAAGAAACUCUACAAACCUAACCUGGUCGUCGCGAGAAACCGGAAUGCCGAAGUGAAGACGGCCUCAACCGGACCGAAGCCAAAGGUGAAGGCUGAACGUAACAAAAACGAUCGCGAUGCCAAAAACAAGAAGGGUAUGCUCAUACAGACCUCAGGCAUAUUCUCGGAUGGUCUAGCGCAACGCUCAAUAACCCGGGCCUCCAAGUAUGACAAAGCAAGCUCCUCGAGAGAGCCCGGCGAAUCGAUGAGGAAACCGGUAUAUGCCGGCGCAAACACCAAGUUCGAUCUCGAGGAUGAGCAGAAACGCCUAAAACAUCUGUAUGACGAUGAGGAUGAGGAUGUGGCGCAGUUGGAUGAAAAAAUUGAAAAAGGCCUCAAAUUUCCAGUGAAACUGGAGAGCUCGGAUUAUAAUGUAAAACCAGUGGAAGUGAAAGUGGAACCCAUUUUCGAUCGUGAUGCGGAAGUGCCGAACAUACUCAACGCCGUAAAAUCCAGCACGGAUGACAAAAGCAUAUUCCUGCUUCAGCUGCCUGAUGCGUUACCUGGCAAAUGUGAUACGGGGGAGAAGCAGCCAGGAAACGAUGCUGAUCGAGGGGCAGACACAUCGCAACCAGCCAACAUCGGCGGUGCAACAGAACCUCGAUAUUGUACCAUGCGGGAUUUGGAGGAAGGUUGUGUCGGCAAGAUUUUGAGGUAUCGUUCCGGUAAAACAAAACUCCUGCUCGGAGACAUACUGUUCGAUCUUACCCUCGGCAUGGACACCGGAUUCCUGCAGGAGCUGGUAUCGAUCAACACGAAUCCGGUAGAGAGGAGUGGUAACAUCAUCAACCUGAGCACGAUUAAAGCCAAGCUGAACGCAUCCCCGGAUUGGGAAUAUUUAUUUAAGAACUCUACUUGAAAUAUAGGAUCAUGCUAAACUCGCUAA